CUGUAACUAUGGUAACACAGACCUUGUUUUCCAGGUGCAUCUGAAACCCCACUUUAACUACAGCCCAGCCACAGACAACCUGAUCCCCUGUAAGGAGGCUGGCCUGGCCUUCUCUAAAGGAGAUGUAUUGCACAUUGUCAACAGAGAGGACCCUAACUGGUGGCAGGCAGUCAACAUUGUGGGAGGAGCCACAGGACUGAUCCCCAGUCAGUUCUUAGAGGAGAAGAGGAAGGCCUUCGUGAGGAGAGAAUGGAAUGGAUCAGGCGUUCUCUGUGGGACACUAACAGGAAAGAAGAAGAAGAAGAAGAUGAUGUACCUGAUGUCCAAGAAUGCAGAGUUUGACCGCCACGAGCUGCAGAUCUACGAAGAGGUGGCCAAGAUGCCUCCGUUCCAGAGGAAGACCCUGGUUCUGAUUGGUGCUCAGGGAGUGGGCCGGCGCAGCCUGAAGAACAGACUGAUCAUCAUCAACCCCCUGCUCUAUGGAACCACCGUCCCCUUCACGUCUCGGCCUGCUCGGGAGGAGGAGAGAGACGGCCAGUCGUACUGCUUUGUGUCUCGGUCCCAGAUGGAGGCAGACAUUAAGGCCCGUCGCUACCUGGAGCACGGAGAGUACGAUGGAAACCUCUACGGAACCAAGAUGAACUCCAUCCACGAGGUGGUGGACGCAGGACGUACCUGCAUACUGGACGUUAACCCACAGGCGCUGAAGCAGCUGAAGACAGCAGAGUUCAUGCCGUUUGUAGUGUUUGUUGCUGCUCCAGAACUGGACACACUAAGAGCUAUGCACAAAGCCGUGGUGGACGCUGGACUCACCACCAAACUGCUCACGGAGACAGAUCUAAAGAAGACGGUGGAUGAGAGCGCCAGGAUCCGCCGGGUCUACAGCCACUACUUUGACCUGACCAUCGUUAACGACAACCUGGACAAGGCCUUUGAGCAGCUGCAGGCGGCCGUGGAGCAGCUGUGUUCUGAGCCCCAGUGGGUCCCCAUCAGCUGGGUGUACUGAGAGACACCGGUUCUGUCCUCUCACCUGCUGCCCUGCCUGGUUAGACUGCUCCCUACUGGGCUGGAGGACACGCCGCCCGCUGCUGGGCCCAGGAGUACAUGGAGACUAGGAAGAGGUUGUCCCUAACCAACACGGUUGGGGUCAAUUCCAUUUCAAUUCAGGAAUUAGACUGAAACUACAAUUCCACAUUUUUCCCAUUGAGGAAAAGUGGAAUGUCAGUGAACUUCCUAAAUUGUCUGAAUUGAACUGGAAUUGACCCCUACAGGGAUGUGAGAGCUGAGGACCCAUUGAGACUUAUUAUGUAUGUAUGGGACUUUACCAUGCAGCCCCAGUGGAGCCUAGCCUCACCUAGCCUAGCCCCACCCUGCCUAGCCUAGCCCCACCCUGCCUAGCCUAACCCCACCCCACCUAGCCCCACCCCGCCGAGCCUAUACCCGCCUAGCCCCACCAUGCCUAGCCUCACCCCGCCUAUCCCUGCCUAGCCUCACCCUGCCUAUCCCUGCCUAGCCUCACCCUGCCUAGCCUCACCUAGCAUCACCUAGCCCAGCCCCACCCUGCCUAGCAUCACCUAGCCCAGCCCCACCCUACCUAGCCUAGCCUCACCUAGCCCAGCCCCACCCUGCCUAGCAUCACCUAGCCUAGCCUCACCUAGCCCAGCCCCACCCUGCCUAGCCUCACCUAGCCCAGCCCCACCCUGCCUAGCCUCACGUAGCCCAGCCCCACCCUGCCUAGCCUCACCUAGCCCAGCCCCACCCUGCCUAGCCUCACCUAGCCCAGCCCCACCCUGCCUAGCCUCACCUAGCCCAGCCCCACCCUGCCUAGCGUCACCUAGCCUAUCCCCACCCUGCCUAGCGUCACCUAGCCCAGCCCCACCCUGCCUAGCCUCACCUAGCCCAGCCCCACCCUGCCUAGCCUCACCUAGCCCAGCCCCACCCUGCCUAGCCUCACCUAGCCCAGCCCCACCCUGCCUAGCCCAGCCCCACCCUGCCUAGCAUCACCUAGCCCAGCCCCACCCUGCCUAGCAUCACCUAGCCCAGCCCCACCCUGCCUAGCCUCACCUAGCCCAGCUCCACCCUGCCUAGCCUCACCUAGCCCAGCCCCACCCUGCCUAGCCUCACCUAGCCCAGCCCCAACCUGCCUAGCCUCACCUAGCCCAGCCCCACCCUGCAUAGCCUCACCCAGCCCAGCCCCACCCUGCCUAGCCUCACCUAGCCCAGCCCCACCCUGCCUAGCCCCACCUAGCCCAGCCCCACCCUGCCUAGCCCCUCCAGGCUCAGUCUGCUCUGCACCACAGGCCCCAUCUGUACACUAUGCAACACUCUGGGUAUGUCCCAAAUAGCACUCUAUUCCCUAUGUAGUGCACUAUUUCUGACCAGCACUACUUAGGGAGUAAGGAGCCAUUCGGAAUAGAACCAAUGUUCACAAUACACAGGAAGUACUUUAUUUAUUGAACAUUCUAACUUUAACUUGACUACCUUUCUGUACAUAUGGAUAUGGAACGAGAAACAAAAUCAUGGCGUUGAGGAUAUUUUAAAAAUAUUUAAUGUUUUAUUUUAUCACUGUUGGUUGCUCACAACUACUACAAUAUUUAUCAUAGCGUUUAGAACAAUAAUACAGGAGUAUUUAUUCUGAAAGCAGAUGCGAGGAGGGCUUGCUUUGUGACGAUGAGGAUACCUCAGUGUGUUAAAACUCUUCUCAGUUUACAUUUCAUACAGUACUUCAUCUCCUGGCCGCUGCGUUUCCAAAUGGCACCCUAUUCCUUAGGGCUCCAGUGAAAGUAGUGCCCUAUCAGCCCUGGUCAAAAGUAGUGCACUACGUAGGGAAUAGGGUGCCAUUUGGGACGCACACCUGGUCUCACGUCAUCUCUGAACCCUCCAUGUAGAAUAACAGCCAUGUUCUCUCUUUAAGGCAGACUAAGGGCUGAGAGACAGAAAUGGUAAUAUCACACCACAUCUGUGAGAUAAAGGUCUUUGUUGCUGUUUCUUGGAUGAGACAAUAAUGUAGGCUAAUGCAAUCCCCCCCCCCCCUUGUUACGUGGCUUUCUUUGUUACGAGAUUGUGAAUGGUUUCAUUAAAGGUCUCAGCGAGAUGACGUUGCGUGCACAAAGUUAAGACGUAGUGGAUCCAUUUCCUCGACACCUAGGGAGCGUUGAAGGGCGAGGUUAAACUACUCCGCUGUUUUGGUCCCGUAGCGACCACGUUGUAGCAGUGUGAAGUGCACAUGUGCAGAUACUUUGUGUGACUGUAUGAGAGCAUAGUCUUGCAUCUUGCUCAUCUCUAUAUCUUCGUUGCAACGCCAUCUCGAGGAGUCUACUUUUAACUCCGUUGUAUUGUCAGCGGACGGUGUACCAGUUGGGUCAGUACUCUGUCAGCCCGGUCUGUAUGGUGCUGUGUUUUAUGUUGGAGUAAUAUUUCCAGGAUACUCGUCUGGACCUUGACAGCGUACUGCAUCUCAGAGAACCAUCCCUUUUUGAUGUGAUAUUACUGAAACUUAACUGUUUUUUAACCAAUUGCCAUAUCUACUUAAAAGUGAUAUAUUUUACAAUUUCAACAGAGCAAACAUUUGUAUUUUCAGAUGUGUCAAAUAAAAUAACUUCUUUUUUUUUUUUUUUUUUACAACUUGAACUUAUCUCAGGUAAUAUUUAUCAUAUCCGGAGUGUGUAAAAAAUGUGACUUAAUUUGUUUCACAGAAGGGUAAAUUUGUUUAUUAAAAAAAGAGAAAAGAAUAUUUCAAAGGUAGAAAUGUCUCCAUGUUAGUCAAUGGAAACAACCAUUUGGCUUAGUUCACAAUGUCAGUAGUUAGUGCCUUCAGGAAGCAUCCACAAUCCUCAACUUUUCACACAUUUUGUCGUUACAGCCUGAAUUGUUUUAUUGACUUACAUUUAGAUUUUUUAUCACUGGCCUGCACAUAACACCCCAUAAUGUCAAAGUGGAAUUGUUUAUUUUUACAAAGUAACUAAAGGCUGAAAUGUCUUGAGUCGAUAAGAAUUCAACCCCUUUAUGGCAAGCCUACCAAGACAGUGGCCAAGUUAGAGUUUGAACUUAAAUCUAUGGCAAUACCUGAAAAUGGUGGUCUAGCAAUGAUUAACAGCCAAUUUGACAGAGCUUGAAGAAUUUAGAAAAUAAUGUUGCACCAUCCAUGUGUGGAAAGUGCUUAGACUUACACCUGUAAUCACUGUCAAAGGUGCUUCUACAAAAUAGUGACUCGGGUGUGAAAACUCAUGUAAAUGAUAUUUCUGUAUUUCAUUUUCAGUCAAUUUGAACACAUUUUUGAACAUGUUUUCACUUUUAUUACGGGGUAUUUGUGUCUAGAUGGGUGAGGGGGAAAAACAUCAGGCUAUAAAAAAAAAUAUGGAAUAAGUCGAUGGGUAUAAAUACUUACUGAAGACCAUCUCUAUACUGAACAAAACUAUAAAACGCAACAUGUAAAGUGUUGGUCCCAUGUUUCAUGAGCUGAAAUAAAAGAUCCCAGAAAUGUUCCAUACGCACAAAAAGUUUCUCAAAUUAUGUGCGCACAUUUGUUAACAUCCUUGUUCGUGAGCAUUUCUCCUUUUGCCAAUUUAAUCCAUCCAUCUGACAGGAGUGGCAUAUCAAGAAACUCAUUAAACAGCAUGAUCAUUA